GUGCAUAGCCUUGAGGACAGUGUUACCUGAUAGACUAAACUCGGGGUACGAUCGCCCAACAAAGGCAGGAAUGUAUUGGACUUCCUGGUUGAGUCCGCUGUUUUCCGGCUGUGACAGAAGAAAUUACUGGAGCGUUUAGCCAACCGGGCGUUUCAUGGCUUGUUCCUCCGCUGUGGAUGCAAAUAAUAAUUGAAUUAACACCUCGUCGGAACCGAGGUGGAUUCGCGGGACUACAGAAAACAGCUGUCUACAGAUCAGUGAGGUUAGCUUUGAGUGAGCUAACAGACCGACCGGCGGAGGAGGCUCAGUCUGGUUCGUUUUAACUUCACAAGGCUCCAAACUACGCGAGGACUUCAAGAAACCUUUGUCGACAAGUCAGGAGAGUGCGAGUAUGUGGCUGGGGCCACGGGUGUCGUAAGAUGAAGAGCCCAUCCCACCGCAACAGGGACAUUGAACGGCAAGCUGGCUACCUGAAGCCCGAGCACUGCGUCCCUCCCCCACCCCGCACCGGCUCUGACACCAUGUGGUUCAUCCGCGACAGCUGUGGCAUUGUGUGCGGCAUCAUCACCUGGCUCCUGGUCUUCUACGCCGAGUUUGUGGUGGUGUUUGUCAUGCUGCUGCCUGCCAAGAACCUGGCCUACAGCCUCUUCAAUGGGAUGCUCUUCAACGGCCUCGCCUUCCUCGCUCUCGCCUCUCACGCCAGGGCGAUGUGCACAGAUCCGGGAGCCGUGCCUAAAGGGAACGCUACCAAAGAAUUCAUUGAAAGCCUACAGCUCAAACCUGGACAGGUGGUGUACAAAUGUCCCAAGUGCUGCAGCAUCAAACCUGACAGAGCUCAUCACUGCAGCGUGUGCAAACGCUGCAUCAAAAAGAUGGACCACCACUGUCCCUGGGUGAACAACUGUGUCGGAGAGAACAACCAGAAAUACUUUGUGCUCUUCACAAUGUACAUUGCACUAAUAUCCUUCCAUGCACUAAUCAUGGUGGCCUUCCAUUUUUUUGUCUGCUUUGAAGAAGACUGGGCGAAGUGCAGUAACUUCUCUCCACCAACAACAGUCAUCCUCCUCAUCCUCCUCUGCUGUGAGGGCCUCCUCUUUCUGAUCUUCACUGCCGUCAUGUUUGGGACUCAGGUUCACUCCAUCUGCAGCGAUGAGACGGGCAUCGAGCAGCUGAAAAAGGAGGAGAGGAAAUGGGCCAAAAGGUCUAAAUGGAUGAACAUGAAGGUGGUGUUUGGCCAUCCGUUCUCGAUAAGCUGGCUGAGCCCGUUUGCGACGCCCGACUAUGGCAAGGCAAACGUGUACCAGUAUGUAGUGUGAGGACUGGAAAAUAAGCUGAGCUCUGCUGCUGUGGACUUGAACUGCUCAGCCCUCAUAUUGUGUGGAACUCAGUGAGCAUGAUCUCCUUUUAACAACAUCUAUGUUUUCUUUCAUUUAUGGAUGUAUCAUCUAUUGAUACUUCAGGGUGUUCUAUUGUCAUCUUGUAUGUAUUUUUAAAAUAUUGUCACCUUUUCGCUGUACCUUGGAUUAAUGGGAUGUAGCUGCAAAAAAAAAAAAAAAAAAAAAAAAAAAAAAAAAAAAAAAAAAAAGCAGCUCUACUUUAAAAAAAACAUCUCAAAUGAAAAAGCAACAACUUGACAGGAAGCACUUGCUAUGGUGAAACAACUCCAAGACACUGAAAUCUUCCUGCUCCAGAGUAAAGGUUCCUGCAGUAUGUCUGACCAGUUCCUUCUUCUGAGACUAAACAAUGUGAACUUAAAUCCAGAAUGUAUUUGUUUAAAGCUGCACAGUUCGGGUGCGCAGACUGUCGCCUGGUUUUGUCUGUCCGUAAACACAGUCUGUGAUCCUCUAUCUCCUCUUACUGUGUUUCUGUCAUUGCAGUAGUCUUGCUGGAUGCUGAUGAUGAUAUGCCUUAGAACCGUUCAGUAGAAAAUGGUGGCAUCAGCUGUUUUUUAAAAGAGAUUCUCUAUUCUUUUGCCUUAAUGUGACUGGAUCCCACUGGUGAAUACAGUUUUAAAUGAGUUUGUCAUAUCUGAUGCCAGUUCUGGUCAGUGUUUUCAGAGUAAAUUUUAUCAAAUGAUCUUUUGAUUUACAUUGACUGUUUGUCUGCACUAAACUAAACGGACUAAAUCUGGCACUCCACAGUCUGAAUGUGUUUCUCUAUCACAUAGAAUGACCACUGACCAAGUCCAAGUGUGGUCAAUGGGAAGGACAUUCAUCCUCUGUGAGACAGAGAGCAGCAGUGGCAAUGCAAACUUUAGUGGUACCAUGUGUUUCCUGUAAAAGUCACCCAGUGUUUCUCAAGUUGAGUGCUUUUAAUGUUUAAACAACUUUUCAGAAUACACAUUGCUCUCUGAGUGGACUGACCCUAAGUGUAAUUCAGUUGCCCCCAAAUGAUGGAAUUUGCCUGUUUGUCUCAAUUGUAGUUGUGAGCCCUACUGGAGGGGGGAAAAUCUGUUCAGGAUAAAGUGUCGAUUUAAAUUUUAGGUCAGUGGCAAAUGUUUACUGAAGCUUGAAAGACAUUGUUAGAGAUGCAGGUUUUAAUUGUCACAGCUUUGAAAGCACAAAACGCAACAAAAAUGCCUGUGUCCAAAUGUGUUCGAAAGCCUUACUGUAACAUGCUUUGGAAGAUGAUGAAAGGAGUUAUUUGAACACACAUGUUGCCAAAUUGAACGCUCAGUGAAGGGAGGAAGUGAAGUUGGGUCUGUUUCAAGAGAAGAGAAUUAAGAGGGCAAUUUUCUUAACUUUUAGAAUCAAUAAAUUUUUUUACACAUACAAUACACCAGCUUUCUUCUUUUUUCUUGACUUCUAUGUGGUCGAGUAUGAAAACUGUUUGUAGUACCCAUUGUGGACCACAUGAUGUUGCUUUUGACUGUGGUAUUUGUUUAAAGGGGAGUAAAAUAAAACUAUGUAUGUGACAACUUUGGG